AUGUUCCUUCUCUUGGUGUUUUCCAGUGCCUACAGAGCACGGGUGACCCUCUGCCUGUGCUUCUCACUCAUUUACCUGGUGACAGUGCGGGGGAACCUGUUCAUCAUGACCCUCAUCUGGCUGGACGUCCACCUGCACUCCCCCAUGUAUUUCUUCCUGGGCCACCUCUCCUUCCUGGACAUCUGCUACUCCUCCAUCACCCUCCCUAAGAUCCUCAGAGACUCCUUCUCACUGCAGAGGACAAUGUCCUUUGUGGGCUGCAUCACACAGAUCUACUUCUUCCUUUGCUUUGGUGGCUCUGAGUGCAUGCUCCUGGGUGCCAUGGCCUACGAUCAGUACCUGGCCAUCUGCCACCCCCUCCACUACCUGUCGGUCAUGAGCAAGAAGAUGUGCCACUGCUUAGCUGCUGUUUCGUGGCUCAGCAGCUCCUUAUCAUCUCUCAUUCAGGCUUUCCUCACAGCCCACUUGCCCUUCUGCAGGUGCAGCAUGAUCGACCACUUGUUCUGUGAGAUGCCCUUCUUGCUGAAGGCAUCCUGCAGCCCGAAUGCUCCCCUCAACAAAGCCGCCUUGUAUGCUUUGGCUGGAACUAUUGCGAUGGGCUCUUUCCUCCUUACUCUUGUGUCGUACAUUCACAUCAUCGGGGCUGUUCUCCAGAAGGGAGCAGGGACACAGAGGUCCUUUGCCACCUGCACCUCCCACCUGACUGUGGUGUCCCUGUUCUUUGGUGCAGGGGCCAUUGCGUACCUGGUGCCUCACUCCAGCAGCUCCAAGCAGAUGGAUGAGGCCCUCGCCCUGCUGUACGCCAUUGUGACUCCCAUGCUCAACCCCGUCAUCUACAGCUUGAGAAACAGCGAGGUCAAAGGGGCCAUCAGGAAAGCCCUGCACAGGGGGGUGUUAUAG